CUGAUCUUAACCUAUCAAUAACACCUGUCAGCUUCUCAUACAGGCACCAAUCAGCAGCACGAGGAAACGGCCAUGUGGCAGACCCUGAGGUACAGAGGGACAGAAGGAGGGAAACGACACACAUGGACAGACGGACACAGACUCCAGCCUAAAACUCAACCGCCCUGCAUAGAAUCAAAAACGGACAAACUUCUCUGAGGCCCUUCAUUGUCUACAGCCUGCCGAUAAAGUUAUGGCACCGCUGCUCUCUCUGAUUAUCUCCCUCCUGGCUGCCUCAGUCAUAGCUGAAGACAGCGCCCUCCCAUCCCUGAAUGAUGUCACUGCAGCCGAGGCCUUUAUCGAAGCCUCCGAGGUGGUCGUCAUCGGGUUCUUUGAGACUCCCUCAGAUGAGACUUUUGGCUACAAGGAGUUUGUGGAGGCAGCUAAGACUGUGAAGCAUAUCCCUGUGGCUCUGUGCAGUGAUAAGGAGGCAUGGGCCAAACUAGGCAUCGUGUCUGACACGAUCUCCAUCUUCAGAAAAGCAGAUAACCACCAAGACAACCUUCAGCUCUCUGAGACCAAGAAAGUGGAGGCGGACGGCCUUGCUCGCUUUAUCACCAUGAACGAGCUUCGCUACAUCACCGAGUACAACCAAGUGACAGCAGUGGGUCUGUUCCAGUCUGAGGUGAAGGCACACCUCCUGCUCUUCAUCAACAGGGGGAGUAGUGACUAUGAAGUGCUCAAGGACCUACUAGGAGCUCUGGCCCCAGAAUUUGUUGGGAAGUUCCUGUUUGUGCUGGUACACGGGGUGAAGUCCAAUGAGAAAUCUCUGGGCUACUUUGGCCUGACGUCACGUGACCUUCCCCGCGUGGGCAUUUACGACCGCGACUCAGAUAUGAAGUGGCUCAUGCCCGAGGGAGAGAUCUCCACCGAACGUGUGCGGAAGUUCUGCCAGUCACUCAUACUAGGCAAUCUCAAGGAGGUGAAGCAGGCAGGAGAACGUGUUCCUAAAACUGAGUUGUAAAAUAAACAAAUAAAUGAAUGUAAAUAAUUAGGUUUGUGACAGUUAUU